GAGCUGCGGGAGCAGAUGUCUGGGUAUAAGCGCAUGCGGCGGCAGCACCAGAAGCAGCUGAUCGCCCUGGAGAACAGGCUAAAGGCCGAGAUGGAUGAGCAUAGGCUCCGGCUGCAGAAGGAAUUAGAGACACAUGCGAACAACACUUACAUUGAGCUGGAAAGACUGGCCAAACGCCACGCUGCUCAAACGGACAAAGAGAUGAAGUCAGUUGCAGCAGAAGAGAGGAGGAUCCAGCAACAGAUUGUUGCUCAGCAAAAGAAAGAGCUGACUACUUUCUUAGAGAACCAGAAAAAGGAGUACAGGCUGUGCAAAGAGAAGAUCAAAGAAGAGAUGAAUGAAGACCCUUGCACACCCAAGGAGGAGAAGCAGGAGCGUCUGUCCAGGCACAAAGAAACAAUGCAGCGCUCUCAGGCUGAGGAGGAAGCUCAUCUGCUGGCCCAGCAGAGGCUGGUCUACGACCGGAGCUGCAGGGCCCUCAAACGCCGGAGCCUGAUCCGAAGGCAUGAGUUUGAGCAGGAGCAGCUGAGAGAGGAGCUGAACAAGAAGAGGACCCAGAAGGAGAUGGAACAUGCCCUGAUGAUCCGGCAGGACGAGUCCACCCAGGACCUGGAGCGAAGGCAGUUGCAGAUGCUACAGAAGCUGCGUGUUGAACUCAUGCGGUUGCAGCACCAGACAGAGCUCGAAAACCAGGAGGAGUACAACGGCCGGCGGCAGAGAGAACUACACAGGAAACACAGUCUGGAGCAGCGGCAGCAGCCCAGAAACCUCAAGACGCUGGAGAUGCAGAUCAAGAAACAGUUCCAGGAUACAUGCAAGGUGCAGAACAAGCAGUACAAAGCUCUUAGGAACCAUCAGCUAGAGGUCUCCCCCAAAGGCGACCAUAAAACCAUCCUAAAGAGCCUGAAAGAGGAGCAGACACGCAAGCUGGCUAUACUGGCUGAGCAGUACGAGCAGAGCAUCAAUGAAAUGAUGGCUUCACAAGCGAUGCGAUUAGAAGCAGAGCAGGAAACAGAGUGCCAAGCUCUGAAGCAGCAGCUGAAGCAAGAGAUGGAGCUCCUGGACGCCUACCAGAGAAAAACCAAGUCACAGAUGGAGACCCAACAUGAGCGAGAGCAGCAGAAACUUGAGCAGAAGGUCUCCAUACGCAGAGCGCACCUUGAACAGAAGAUUGAGGAGGAACUGGCCGCACUUCAGAAGGAACGUACUGAAAGGAUCAAGCACUUGUUGGAACGUCAGGACAGAGAAAUUAACGCUUUUGACACAGAAAGUAGAAGUCUCAGCUUUGGAAGCCUGGGAUCUCUGGACUUCCCCAAAGAAGACAACAGAUGA